AUGUCUCGUGCGAAGAUUGCCAUUUCCUCUCCAUCCACGAUAUACCACAUCACUUCAUGCAGACAGAUUAAUUCACAAGAGAUUAUUUACUAUAUGUGCCUAAAUAAUAUUGCAAGAAGGAGUUAUCAGAACCCGCUUCACGAGGCCGAUGAAACCAAAUCAUUAGGAGGAUUUUACUUUUUAAAAAAUUACAAAAGCAAUGGAUUUUAUUGCAUGCAUCUAUUCUAUCCUGUAAGAUUCAAUUAUUCUAUUUAA